AUGGUGAGCAAGAUCAAGAGUUUGGAGAAGAAGGUUUCUGGUUCUUCAAGCAAGAAGAAGAAGGCACCCAUGGCUCCUACUUUCCCUAGGAGUAGAUCACUCCUCACCACCCAAGGAGGCUCCCUGCCCAAGAGCCUCACAGAGCCUCUUCAUUUCGAGCCAAGGGAAGGAGGAGACAACACGCAGAGGGAGGAAGAGUUCCAAGGCGCGCUCCAACUCGAUCGAGUGAGCUCGACUCGAGCUGAGGUCGAGUUGACCUGGAGGAGCCCCUGUUCGAGAACCCUGGAUUCGAGUACGAUCCAGCCUACCAGGACUUCCUCAGAGCCAUGGACCCCUACAACCGCUUCGAGCGAGCACAGCUCCACCAAGGCCAAGGAGCCACACCACUUCGAGAUGAAGAAGAGGAAGAAGAGAGAGCAAGCUCGAUCGAGCUGA